GGGCGGGCGAGCGGCGUCGCUGCGUGCGUGAGCGAGCGAGCGGGCGAAGGGGCGGCGAGUGGCCUUCCGACGUCGAACGACGCCUUCCCAGCGCAAUCAAUCUCGAUCCGAUUGCUAGAUCCCUCGUAAAGCGAUCGAAGAAAGAACGAGAGGUUGGCUGAAUGGAAUCCACUGUGAAAUUGCGUGCGUGUUGACCCAAAUACAUUUACACCGAUCAUAAUAUAAAAGUUUGGGACAGCGACAUCUUGGAUAUUUUUGUCCACCGUAUCCACCAGAUCAAUCAUCAUUGACAGAGUUGCUGCGCUAUGACUCAGCUGGAUCGUGUCUCUGCGUCAACGUGACCCCCAAAAGCUAUACUUAGGUGUUUACAGGGAUAAAUCGUGAGUUCUCCUCUCAGCCACAUGCGGCCAUACUUCGAUCCUGAUUAUGACAAUUUCAACCAAUGGAUCAAUCCUCCAAGGUUCUACUUAUUCACAUACUUUGUUUGCACCUUUUCUCAAUAUGCAUCAUUAAACAAAUAUAAUGUUGUAUCAGUGACUGUGCUAGAAAAAAAUUCGAGGGAGGUCAUUAAACUAAAAAUAUUUUGCCAUUAAAUUAAGUAGAUAAGGAUAGUUUGCCAUUCAAAGAGUAAUUAAGGACAAGGAUUUUUGUUUCACAAGAAAAUUAUUGUGCCAAUCACCACUCUGGUGAUAUAAAGGAGUGGAGAACAAGUACACGAGUGCAAUGAUGUUCAAAGGGUGAGACUCUCAUUGUGAAUGGAAGAAGUCGGAGAGGAUUGGCCAGGAAGGAGAGGAACAGUGAGCAGCGAGAAUGCAAGCAGUGAUGGCGAGCAAAACAUGAGAGCAGUACAAUGUGAUAGGGUAUGCAUUGACAACACUACUCGGAGUGAUUGCACACUUGUUAAGGUGGACAGUGUCAACAAGCCUGGCAUACUAUUAGAAGUUGUGCAGGUUUUGAGUGAUCUGGACCUUCCCAUUUCCAAAGCUUACAUCACUUCUGAUGGCACGUGGUUUAUGGAUGUGUUCCAUGUUACUGAUCAGCAAGGGAGAAAGAUUACUGACAAAAAGACAAUUGACUACAUUGAAAAGGCUCUAGGUCCAGAAGGAAUAAAGGCAAAAUCAUCACCAGGAAAAUCAGUUGGAGUGCACUCAUUUGGUAGCCACGUUGCUAUAGAACUUAUAGGCACAGAUCGUCCAGGUCUUCUCUCUGAGAUAUUUGCUGUCCUUGCAAAUCAACAUUGCAAUGUAGUAGCUGCUGAAGUCUGGACCCACAAGACACGAGUUGCCUGUGUCAUAUAUAUAAACGAUGAAGUCUCAACUCAGCCGAUGACUGAUCCCAAUUGCAUGUCAGCAAUGGAGGAACAGCUUAGGAAUGUUUUACGUGGUGGUAAUGAUUUAAAAGGUGCUCGGACUAACUUCUCUGUAGGUUCAACCCAUGUUGAUCGUCGCCUCCAUCAGCUAAUGCUGGCUGACAAGGACUAUGAAAGUGACGAUGGGGUUAUAGAUGAGAAAGAUGGCAUGCUUUUCAAGCCAAUCAUCACUGUUGACAAUUGCGAGGACAAAGGGUACUCAGUGGUGAACAUUAAAUGCAAAGAUCGGACGAAGUUGUUGUUUGAUAUAGUGUGCACAUUGACAGACAUGCAGUUUGUUGUAUCCCAUGCUUCAGUCUCAUCCGAUGGUACCUAUGGUUUACAGGAGUUGUACAUCCGUCACAAGGAUGGAAAGACCCUUGAUUCUAUGGAAGAAAAGGAGAACGUCAUCAAGUGCCUUGAAGCUGCAAUUCUUAGAAGAGUGUCCGAGGGCUUCGGUCUGGAGAUCUGUGCUAAAGACAGAGUAGGAUUGUUAUCUGAUGUCACAAGAGUGCUGCGCGAGUAUGGUCUUUCAGUGUCAAGAGCAGAUGUGACAACUAUAGGAGAGAAGGCCAUGAAUGUGUUCUACGUGAGAGAUCCAUCAGGUAAUCCAGUAGACAUGAAGACCAUCGAGGCACUCCGAAAGGAGAUUGGGCAAACUAUGAUGCUUAAUGUGAGGAAGUUACCUUCAGCUACCAAGUCUCCCGAGGCGAGUGGGUGGGCCAAGACCAGUUUCUCCUUCGGCAACUUGCUAGGCAAGUUCUUGAGUUUAUCAGGGAGACAGGAUUUGCCUCCUGUGGUCUGAUCUCAGUUCUUGCCAUAAGGAUUAAGGCGUGCAUGUAGAUUAUCACUCUGUAAAUGUAAGUUCCUAGAAUCUGCUGGGGCAUUUGAGGUGCAUCCUAUUAUCUGAUUCCUGUAAAAUGUGCACCAUAAUAACUUGUUGUAGGAUCUUGCUAACUUCCUCUUUGCAGUUCAUAACCAUUUAAAAUAUU